CGCGUGAGGACGGAUGUCUGUAGACCUAACAGAGUCCAGUGGAGCGUCAGUGUGACUGUGAAGAUGUGUGAGCGGAUGUGCUGGGUUGAAGAUGGGAAGAGUGAAUUUGUAAAGUUGCUGUCGUUGAGGCUAAAGAACACGUCUGGACUAAACGGACAGACUUAAACUUCACAAUAUGAAGACGCGAACGCGUCAUGGGAUCAUAUUGAUUGGUGUUGUGAGCGUGCUUACAAGCUUAUUGUUCCUGUACAACAGCAGUUUUACCGACACACCAGAAGAUCAGAUGCAGUCAGAUGGACAGCAGAUGGAUGUUUUACAACAGCAAACAUCCCACUUAGAAGGUUACAGGAGCAUCAUUGAUCAUAAGCCCCUUAGGAUGCAUUGCAAAAGUUGUGCCUUAGUGACCAGCUCUGGUCACAUGACCGGAAGUGGUCGAGGUGUGGAGAUUGACCGCAGGGAGUGCGUCAUCCGUAUGAACGAUGCCCCAACACGAGGCUACCAGAGGGACGUGGGCCAGCGAACCAGUCUGCGUGUGGUCGCACAUUCCAGCAUGCAACGUGUGCUACGAAACCGACACGAGCUACUCGACUCCAGCCAGAAUACCUUCUUUAUCUUCUGGGGGCCAGGAAACUACAUGCGACAAGACGGUAAAGGCCUUGUCUACAACAACCUGCGUCUGUUGAAGCAGAUGAUGCCUAAACUACAGGUGUACAUCAUCUCAGGGUUAAAGAUGCUGCAUUUUGAUGAGCUCUUUAAGAAGGAGACAGGGAAAGAUAGAAAAAGGUCCAAUUCAUGGCUCAGCACGGGUUGGUUUACCAUGGCAAUCGCUAUGGAGAUUUGUGACAGAAUUGAUGUCUAUGGCAUGAUUCCUCCUGACUUCUGCAAGUCUCCCAGCCCUGAGCCCUCAGUGCCGUAUCACUACUAUGAGCCUGCGGGGCUGGAUGAAUGCAAAAUGUAUCUCUCCCACGAGCAGGGCCGGCAUGGCAGCCACCAUCGUUUCAUUACAGAGAAGUGUGUCUUUGCCAACUGGGCACGUAUGUUCAACAUACAUUUCUAUCAACCUGACUGGAGACCAGCACUUGUUACAAAGAACAGCACAGACUCCUGAGGUUCAAACUUUGGGAUGUUACCUGACUCAGAACUCAAUGUCCUUUUGAGGACAAAUGAACAUUUUAACUGGAACACAUUAUGAAUUAAGUUUAUGAUGAUGUUCUUUCUAGUGGCUUGAAACAGCAAGAUUGGCUUUCUACAACUUUCCAAGAUAUUUACAUGGAGAGUGUCAAGCACGUAAUGUUAAAAAUUUCUUCUCUCAGUGGCAUUUAAAGAGAACCAUUUGCAAAUUGUGCAUUUUAUUUUUCAAAUUACACUUUUAUAAUAGGGCCUCAUUAGAUUUGUCUUUAGUUCAUGUAAAAAGAUGUUUAUCUCUUAAAUUAAGCUGUAAAUAUAGCUAUAUGCUAAUACUGUAAAGUUCUCAGUAGUUCUAGUCUUUACUCUAAAUCAGAGGUUCCCAGACCAUUUCAAUAAUUUAUUUGUGAAUCAAACUACACUGUUUUUUGUCCACUGCUAUGGUCUAACACACACUUGUGGCGCACCAUGUGAAACAAAUAUAUACAAGUUAUGUCCACCAACAAACUUUUUAAUUAAAUUACAGAACAAAUAUUUUUCA